AAGAGGGACGCUUAGUUACCCGGGCAGCCAGGAAGAAGCCUAUGAAAAUGCGGGCAGUAAUGCUUGCUGAAGGUGUCUGUGGUAGGUAAGGGAACACUGCUGGCCAAUCAGGUGCCAGUAUGGGGACGGCUUCUUCUCUGGUCAGCCCAGGGGAGGUGAUUGAGGAUGCGUACGGGGUUGAGGGAGGCGAGGCCUGUGAGAUUCCCGUGGAGGUGAAACCAAAGGCCCGACUCCUCCGCAGCUCUUUCCGCCGUGGGCCGCGGGUCAUCGGCGCCAGCUUCAAAUCCACCGGUUCCGUGGAUCUGGAGUACGCAGCCGAGUACGAGCGGCUGAGGAAGGAUUACGAGAUCUUCCGAGUCAGCAAGAACAACGAGAUCGCCUCCAUGCAGAAAAAAGAAGCCAAACUCGACGAGGAGAAUAAAAGACUACGUGCCGAGCUACAGGCUUUGCAGAAGACCUACCAGAAAAUUCUGCGAGAGAAGGAAAGUGCUCUGGAGGCCAAAUACCAGGCAAUGGAGAGAGCAGCCACGUUCGAGCACGACAGAGACAAAGUCAAACGUCAGUUUAAGAUUUUUAGGGAAACAAAGGAGAAGGAGAUCCAGGAUUUGUUGCGGGCUAAGCGGGAUCUGGAAUCUAAACUCCAGCAGCUGCAGGCUCAGGGCAUUCAUGUCUAUGACCCCGCUGACUCUGACUCCGACGACAACCGCACCACUGUCACUGCUGCAGGGACACAGUGUGAGGAGUGGAGUGGGGGUGUGCUGGGGAGUGAGCCUUCCAUGGGCAGUAUGAUGCAGUUACAGCAGACACACAGGGGACCUGAGUUUGCCCACAGCCUUAUAGACGUGGAGGGGCCGUUCGCUAAUGUCAGCAGAGAUGACUGGGAUGCUGCAGUGGCCAGUUUGCUACAGGUUUCUCCUCACGUGUCUCAGGCUCUGUGGAGUAACACUGUACGAUGUUUCUUCAUCUACACACAUGAGACCAAAGCAGAGCUCCAAACCUUCAUGCAGAAUCAUUCUCCCAGUUUGCAGAGGUUCUGUGAAGGGCUGGGUCAUUUCUAUCUGAACGUGUGUUUUCCUGAGGAGAAAGCCGCUCUGUAUGCCACAGAGCGACGACAGGAGAUUGAGAGAAGCUCAGUGUGUGUGCUGCUGCUCCAGGCCUCUGUCUCCAGCUGUGUGGUAGAGGAUGCAGAGGAGGCCUUUGUGAAGACUCCGGACUCGCGUGCUCUCCUGUUGUACUUGCGGACUGGCGAGGGAGUUAAUCCACUCAGUACUAAUACCAGACAGCUACUGGAGAGAGUUAACAAUGCAGACAAAAAUGCUAAAAUCAAGGUAGUGGACCAUGCCGGUUCUCCGGAGGAAGGAGCCUCUCUCAUCUACACACAGCUGGAGAAGAUCGUCAAACAGGAGCUGUUGGGGCUGGAGGUGGUAGAGGAUUGUGGGAUGGUGGAGGACUGUGAGGAAGACUCUGGUGACGUGUUGUGGGAUCUUCAUGAUGAACAAGAGCAGAUAGAGGUGUACCAACAGACCUGCAGCGUUGCCGCUCCUCUCAGCUUCCAGAAGUAUAUCGAUCAUCUGAACGACAUGGUGGCAGCUCCUCCCCCGACUCCUCCUCUGCUGGUGUCGGGAGGACCGGGCUCAGGGAAGACUCUUCUUCUCGCCAAAUGGAUCGAACUACAGCAGAAGCAGUCUCCUAACACGCUGAUGCUCUAUCACUUUGUGGGGCGGCCCCUGUCCACCAGCGCCGAGCCUGUUCUCAUCAUCAAACGUCUCACCGUCAAGCUGUUGCAACAUUUUUGGUCUCUGUCUGGCCUCUCUAUGGACCCCUGUAAGAUUCUGGAGGAGUUUCCACGCUGGCUAGAGAGGCUGUCGGCACGUCACCAUGGCAACAUCAUCAUCAUCAUCGACUCCAUCGACCAAAUCCAGAAUGCUGAGCGGCAUAUGAAGUGGCUUAUUGAUCCUCUGCCAGCCAACGUCAGAGUGCUGGUGUCAGUCAAUGUAGAAACAUGUCCUCAAGCCUGGAGGCUGUGGCCCACGCUGCAUUUGGACCCGCUCAACCCCAGAGAGGUUAAGAGUGUUAUCAGCUCAGAGUGUGUGACAACAGACACCAAACUCACCAAAGACCAGGAGAAGAGACUGGAGAGACAGUGUCGCUCUGCCUCAACCUGCAGCGCCCUAUACGUCUCCCUGCUGGCCCGACUCAUCACUUACCCCAGGUCGGCGUGGCCAUUGGAGAGGACUCUCCAGCUGUGUGUUCACUGUCAGGACACGGUGAGUCUGUACAGACUCUGUCUGAGGCUGGCACUAGACUCACUCAGCACUGACUCAGAGAGAUGCACCAUGAGAGAGCUGCUGUGUCUGGUUUGUGCGAGUCAUAAUGGUGUGAGUGAAUCAGAAGCGUUGGAGGUGUUUCCUGACCUGGACUUCCCCACCCUGUCUGCCCUGCUCUCCUCCCUCAAACAUCUCCGCACCAUCACCGUCGGCUGUGGCCUGAUUCGCUUCCAGCACCUACAGGCAUGUGAGGCCAUUAAACUGGAGUAUAUGGAUGGAGGAAACUGUUCCAUCUCAUACAGAGACAAACUGAUUCAGCAUUUUAGCAGACAGCUCAGUCAAGACCGUGUGACGUGGCGCGUGGCGGACGAGUUGCCUUGGUUACUGCAACAGCAAGAGGACAGGUGUAAACUCCAGCUUUGUCUGCUAAACCUGUUUGUCUCUCAGAAUCUGUAUAAGAGGGGGCAUUUCUCAGAACUGCUGGCGUAUUGGCAGUUUGUGGGGAAGGAUAAGGUAUCCAUGGCGACAGAGUACUUUGACUCACUGAAGGAGUUUGAGAGAAGCUGUGAAGGAGAGGAGAGCAUGAGUCGACUGGCCAACCUCUAUGAGACACUGGGUCGCUUUCUCAAAGACCUGGGCCUGCUCAGCCAGGCAGUAGCUCCUUUACAACGUUCUUUGGAGAUCAGAGAGACUGCUCUGGAUCCAGACCAUCCCAGUGUGGCCCAGUCUCUUCACCAGUUGGCUGGAGUGUACGUUCACUGGAGGAAGUUCGGAAACGCCGAGCAGCUCUACAAACAGGCUCUGGAGAUCAGUGAAAACGCUUACGGUCCUGAGCACGCCUCUGUCGCACGAGAACUCGACUCACUGUCUCUUCUCUACCAGAAACAAAACAAGUAUGAGCAGGCAGAGAAGCUGAGGAAGAGGUCGGUGAAGAUUCGACAGAAAACCGCCCGCCAGAAAGGACAUAUGUACGGUUUCACACUGCUGCGUCGGCGGGCUCUGCAGCUGGAGGAGCUGACUCUGGGAAAAGACUCGGCCGACUGCGCCAAGACUCUCAACGAGCUGGGAGUUCUGUACUACCUCCAGAACAACCUGGAUGCAGCGAAGGUGUUCCUGACGCGUUCUCUGGAGAUGCGCGAGCGUGUGUUGGGCCCUGACCACCCUGACUGCGCUCAGUCGCUCAAUAACCUGGCCGCCCUGCACUGUGAGAGGAGAGAGUACGAGAGCGCAGAGCAGCUUUACGAGAGAGCGCUGGAUAUCCGCAAACGAGCCCUCGCUCCAGACCACCCCUCCCUCGCUUACACCCUCAAACAUCUUGCCAUCCUCUACAAACGCAGGGGUAAACUGGAGAAGGCAGUACCUCUGUAUGAGCUGGCUCUAGAGAUCAGAGAGAAGAGUUUUGGUCCUAAACACCCCAGUGUGGCCACAGCUCUGGUCAACUUGGCUGUGCUCUACUGCCAGCUGAAGCAGCACAGUGAAGCUCUACCGCUGUAUGAACAGGCUCUGAAGGUAUAUGAGGAGAGCCUGGGCCGGCUGCACCCACGUGUUGGAGAGACUCUGAAAAACCUGGCUGUUCUCAGUUAUGAGGAGGGGGAUUUUGAGAAGGCGGCUGAACUCUAUAAACGCGCCAUGGAGAUAAAAGAGGCGGAGCCUUCUCUGGUGUGUGGCAAAGCUCCCUCCCGUCACUCGUCCAGCGGUGACAACUUUAGCCUGCGAAGCCCCGCCCUCCUGCCGCACAACCCCAGGUGACCCCUGACCUCUCAACCUGCUGAAGUCGCGUGACCUUUGACCUGCCAUAUCCAUACCAAAUGAUACCAUCCAAUCACUAUGCUCACACUCAGCAAACAU